CGACUGAACAAAUCAUAUUCCAGUUUGAUUCUCCUCUUAUGCAAACUGGAAAAAAAAAAACAUCUAUUGUUUGAAGAAAUGGGGUUUUCAGUAUGUUGUUCGAGUUCAUUGUGGCUAAACUUGAAUCUAACGCAGCAAUGUCGUUUCAUUAAAAUUGCCGGAAAUCAGAAGCGCGCAGAGGAUUUGAAGAUCACGGGGAAUUUUAGGAAAGCUCAAACUCAAUCAACAAGGUCGAUUUGCUGCAAGCUUCAAGGCACCGAUUUUGAGGAGAGAACCAGCCCUGCCGAGGUGAAGAAAGAAAUCGAGAAAUGCUAUGAGCUUAUAGAAAGGCUUGGCAGAGGAGUAGUGUACUUAGGUUCAGCAAGAUUGGGGGCUGAGCAUCCACAUUUUGUCAGAUCAUUUGAGUUGGCCAAAGGAAUUGCGAGCCUCUUAGAUGCUACUACGUGGUCGGGAGCUGGGCCGGGGCUGAUGGAUGCCGUCACUAAAGGUGCUCUUGAAGCAGGCAAGCCAGUUGGUGGAUUCAAGAUAGGCAAGGAAGCUGGACAAUGGACUGCUACCGAUGUUCAUCCCUACCUACCGUUGGAUAGCUAUCUAAUGUGCAGGUUCUUUUCUGCGCGGAAGCAUGGCCUGGUGGAUGCUGGUGUUAGAGCUGUGAGUUCGGACAGGACGGCUUUUGUUGCUCUGCCUGGUGGAAUUGGCACUCUGGAUGAGGUGUUUGAGGUUUCGGCACUUAUUCAACUUGAGAGAAUCGGGUCCAUGCUUCCUGUUCCCUUCCUUGUUAUGAACUAUGAUUCCUUCUACUCGAAAAUGUUGGGCUUUAUAGAUGAUUGUGAGGGCUGGGGUACUGUCUCGAAAGGUGAAGUGACAUCGUUGUGGAGAGUAUGCAAUACCAACGCAGAAGCUUUGGCUUAUUUGGCUGAAUAUUACGGACUCCCUGAUACAGAAGGAUAUAUGAGCAUCGACCAGUUAGGAGAAGAUGAUAAAACUGUAUCUUCUUCAGUUAAGAUCGAUGUGCAGUAACAAUGGCAACGUCCGUUUUAGUCCGGGUGAGUCUUCCGCGGUCGCUGUUAUGAUGUUCUUCGCAGCCAGGACGACUUCGGACCUCAACGACUCUUCUUGCAAUGCCUUUGGAAUUAAGUUGGAGAGACAUUCUUGUAAUCGUCUCGUCAUGGACCUCGUCACGGGCCUUCCAUGCAACUCUAGUGAGUUCGUAUCAUUUUCUGUUGAACCCUUUCCAGUUUCCACUUAUCCUAAACAGUAGAGUGUUUGCCAUCAAAUUCCAAGUCAUGUGUCUUGGAUGGUAUUCCAUUUAUUUGAUCACUUUAUGCAAAUUGAGUGAUAAUGAUUCUAAGAGUGAACAAUAGAUGUAAUCAAUUUCAAGUACUGCCAGAGUUGGAAAUGUUUCCAACAUACGAAAUCAA